AUGAACGUGUUGGCCGACCGCUUGGCUCCACCGUCAGCCUUCCCCCACACCGACCCUGCCAGCACCAGACUCGACCCCGACGUCGUCUGUCUUGAGGAGGUGGACCACUACGAGGAUCACUUCCGGCCGGCCAUGGCCAGCCACGGCUACGAGGGCUUCUUCAAGGUCAAGAACGGCGAGGGCGACGCCGACGGCUGCGCGCUCUUCUUCAAGUCCGCCCGCUUCGAGCUGGUGGCCCACCGCGCCAUCGACUUUGAGGGCUCGCACACGCAGGUGGCCCUCAUCGUGCGCCUGCGCCUCCGCUCCGAACAGGACGGCCGCGACCUGUGCGUGGCCGCGACGCACCUCAAGGCCAAGCCGGGCUUCGAGGAGAAGCGGCUCGAGCAGGGCAUUCUCCUGCUACGCAGCGCUUUGGCCUUUAUCAGCGGCGGCGGCGGCGGCGAUGGUGAUGAGGAGGAGCGCCGGCGCAUCGCCAGCGCGCCCCUGGUGGUGCUGGGCGACUUCAACGACGUGCCGUCGAGCCUGGUGUGCCGCUACUUCCGCGGCGAGCUGCCGCUGGCCGAGGUCCACGCCGUCGUGCCGCCGCACCCGUUCCGCCUGGCCAGCGCCUACGCGCACCACCCGCCGCUGGCCGGCGAUGUCGAUGAGGCUGCAGCAGAGCCCUACAGCACGUACAAGAAGCGGGAGACGGAGGUGCGGCGCACGAUCGACUACAUAUGGUACCCGGCCGACGCGAUGGUGCCGGUGGCCCUCCUGGCCGUGCCGGCGGUGAGCGACCUGCCCGACCGGCUGCCCUGUCGAAACCACCCGUCGGACCACCUGGCCCUCUACGCCGAACUCGCCUGGCGCGAGUGA